AUGGGUAUUUUUAACCAGGAUGUUGUACUUAUUUGCUGGAACUUUUUCAACAUGACUAGCAUGUGGUCUGCAACCUGGCUUAGUGUUUUAUACUGUGUGAAGGUCACUAACUUUGCCAACUGCCUCUUCCUCUGGCUGAAGCCAAGGAUCAACAUGCUUGUACUCAGGCUGCUUGCGAUGUCAGUAGUCAUUUCCAGUAUCUUCUUUGUUCCUUCAGUCCUUGAAUACUUUCAACAGAAAAAGUGGGACAAUCUGACUAGAAACUCACCCGUGAGUGCCAAUCAAAGUGAGGGUUAUAAUAAUGGAUUCAUUAUCCUUCUUGAUAUGCAGCUCUUUUAUGUUUCCAUAACUUUCUGCAUAAGUGUAAUUGCAUCCACGCUUUUGCUUGUCUCACUGUGGAAGCACAUUAGGAAUCUGAAGAAGAGUGGCCUAGGUGGCAAAGAUCUUAGCACUCAGGUCCAUAUGAAUGUCAUUACACUAUUGCUGUCUUAUAUAAUUUUCUAUAUUUUACAUUUCACUGGUUUCAUAAUUUUGAUAAGUGAUGUUUCCAGAUUUAGAAGUGUUGCCACGCUAGUUACUUCCAUCCUGAUAACUUCAUUUCCUUGUGUACACAGCAUUAUGUUAAUAUUGACUAAUCCCAAACUAAAAGUAAUGGCUGGUCAUAUUCUGGGUAUCAUGCGAAGAGCUUCCUAAAGA